AUGGACGACCUCUGGCAGAUGAAAUGCUGCCCCGCAUGGACUCCCCCGGGGUCCAUGUCGCCGGCCCGGCCGUCAGUGGCGCCGCUGCUGGCGCCCCCUCCGCCGAUGGUGGCUGCCCCGCACGCUCUCCCUCCGGCAUCUGGGGAUCAGGUUUUUGCCACCGGCGAUCUGAACUUAUACUUCGGUUUUGUUUUCUUGUUUCGAGCUCCGGUUUUGGGACUAUUUUUGUCGCCAGUUUACUGGCAGGGCGUAGCCAUCCAGGUUUUUUUUGGACUCGGUUAUUAUGGCGAUGCACCCAUUUUUUGCAAACAAUGUGCUCGAUCAUCUUACCGGGACGUCAUUGGGCAUCCCCACCCAAACCCAUUGUUGUACUAUCCUUCCCAUUUUACGGACACCUAAUCGACGGCAUUGAUGGUGGAGUGUUAUCUUGUUCAAUGUUCUUAUCCGUCACCGUUAACUGCAAUCACGUUCUCUAUUCCCUCGUAAUGGGGGGGGACAUGAUAAACUUCUCCAUCAAUUUCAUGACCCGUAUAUGCGCUUUGGCAGCCGUGGAUUAGGAUAGCGCUAUCAUGCUUCUUAUUCUUAGCGAGUAGAUGGGACUUCGUGCAUCUGUUGCACCAUCAGUUGUUUAUUGUUGACGAGAUGCCACUUCAUGAAACUACAGGUGGACCCUUCGCCGACGGUAUGCCAUAAGGAUAAUGAAUGGCUUUUCUUUGUGGUCGGUAGGGUAGGGUGAAAGUUGUCGAUUAAUUAUGCUGUUGUUUAUUUUGAGCCGUGCGCGGUUUGAAAUAUCGUAUUUCUAUAUGCUAGGCAUCAUUAACGGAGAAAUACAUUUUCUUUUAUUGGCUGUAAUGUAAGUUAAAUUGUUUAUGGAACCCAGGGAAAACUAAAUGGUAACACAUGACUACUUUUGAUUGAAUCGUAAAGUUGAAAUGUUCCUUUCAUUGAAGCGUUGCAUAAAUUGUUUAGAGCGGUUAUGUGGCAAUUAUACAUUCCCGGGAAUUUUAUUUUCUCCGGAAUUCACAGUCAAGCAGUCUUGUUGGAUAACAUUCAUACCUAAAUAUCUGUCAGAUUUCCUUCUAUUGACUUUUUGAUGAAUGCAGAUAUGAGUGUCAUUGUGUUAAUCGGUCUUGCUUAUCAUUCUAGCCUCGAAGAAUGGUUUAUAUCAUGAUUUUCGCUUUAUGUUUAACCUCUUAUUUAAAUUUAUUAAAUUCCAAUGUUAACUUUACGUGUGUAAGGAAAGUCUUAUCUCAGUAAUCCUCAGCAAAAUACAUUCUAACAGUUUUCAAGUUUUGGCAUCCAAUGUACUUUCUACAUGCUAUUGGAAAUUUACUGCUAUGUAUGAGGAACAACCUUUCUUUCUGUUUGAUUGUGUUCCCUUCAUUAUCAUAUUUUUAUCUUUUAUCUUUCAUUGCUCAGUUUGGUUUCGACUGACAUAUUCGUCAAUGCUUCAGAUGGACGUAAAUCGGCAUCACAAAUUUUAUCCUUUCACUUCACGGGAAGGUAACGUGGAGAAUCGUUCCUUCAUUCAAGAGCCUACGGAUUUUAGCAGUUUGAAUUCUGUCUCCAGUGCAUCGAGCAAGACAGACAUGGGGAAUUCAUUUCGAGCUCUUUUAUCCUGGCCUCCUUCUCCUAUGCCAUAUGUGUAUCCGCAUCUCCCCAAGUCAGAAGCAAGCUUAUCUAUCAGUAAACUUCCUGCUUACAAUGUUGGGAGUGUAGCUGGUGACAUGGAUUGCAGUAUUUUAGCACCAUAUUUGACGGCUCCUUCAGACUACCAUGGGUAUGACAUAAUGGGAAAUGAUAUUGAAAGUUCUUCUCAAAGGCCAUCGUCGCUUACUGCUUGCAGUUAUCCCCUUUCUAUGUGUAAUGAUCUUCAAGGAUUUGGUUCUCAAUUUCCGAGCUUCAGUGCUGGUAAACCAAUUAGAUUACAAGCACAUCAAGACAGUCAAAGGGGGUUCGCCGUAUCAUCGUCCAACAGUAGGAAUGGUAUCCAACUCCAAACAUUGAACGUUUUUUCUACUCAAACAAAAGAAAUGGAUCCUAAAACUAGCAUAUCUUGUCACGCAUCUUCAUUUAUAAGAGGAUGUCCUCGAGUCUUUUGCCAGGGUAAAGGUAUGUGCAUUUCAUCAACUGUUUAUGAACUGCAUUCAGAACAGAAUAUUUUCCUUUUUAGUUGGAUAUAUUUGUCUUAGGUUGGAAUGGAGUCUUCUCCUGACUUUCUGUUUGACCAAUUUGCGACAGUUGGAGAGCUGUUUGUGAGUGACAAUGGCCUUCUGGGAGUAUAUUGCUUGUGCCAUAGUCUACGGAUGUCUGUUGCUAAAUUUUGUGAGGUAAUCUUCAGUGAUUAAUAAUGUGUAAACUAAUGUAAGGGAUUUGUUUUCAUUUGAUUGUUAAGACUAAACACCACCAUGUUGUGGAGAGAUGUUUAUACCAUAGUGCUUUUGCAGCAUUCAGGAUCGUAUGCUGUUAACCCUGGUGAUGCAGUCACUUUGGAAAAUGGCGAAACUGUUGCUCAGUGGCGGAGGCUAUUUUUCUUAAACCUUGGUGUAAGCUGCAGUUGUUUUUUUCAAUACUCUUUUGUCGCGACUCACCACAUUUUAUUCGUAAAAGUCUGAUUGGUGUAAAAUUUAUAAUGGUCUCCAAUUAACCAAGCUUUUCCUCCAUGCUUCUGGGUUGAAGGUUUGCCAACUCAUCCUUGAGAGCAGCUGUACGUUCCAGGUCGCCAUUGCGUAGUUCCCGUCUUAUGCUUCUCAGCCAGCAAUUGUGCUCUGGGGUUAGGCUGGGAUUACAGCCCACACUUAAAAAAAAUGUUCUUGUGAUAAGACGAGUGCUGCAGUCGAAAGAGAAAACGUAACGGGUAGCAUUAUAUUUAAUCACAAGAGAAAGAUUUUCAUGAGACCUUACGUUCUAUUUCAUUGCAUUUCUUGAGAACGUAUCAAUGACCAAGUUUUUUAAUAAACUUGGUCAUUUUUAAUAAAAUUAGCGAGCUAUUUUUUUGUAAAAAUAAAAAUCGUUUCAAAUGUGAAAUAUUAUUUAUGAUAACAUAGCUUUGGCUUAUGGCCUUUUUGUCAUCUUGCUGCGUCAUUUCGCUUCACAUUCAAAUUUUGUAAUUGCCCUUUGUACUCUUAUUGCAUUUAUAAAUUGUACUAGUAACUGAAUAACUUCAACUUUUUUUUUACCGAGUAUUUUAUGAUCUGCUAGUUUUUCAGGUCAUGAUAGUUGCAACAACUGGCAGAUCGUAAAAUUUCUCAAAAUUUCACGAAUAGAUGUUUAUAAUCGUUUAAAUGUUAAUCUCUGCCUAUAUGAAAGUUAUCAAAUUGGCAGAAGUUUUGUAUUCCUUUUGGAAUUUGUUUUCAUAGUUUUAACAUGUAAAUGCUGAUAUCCCGUUGCGCUUCAGGUUAGGGUUCCAGAUGAUGCCAGUGGAUGGGACUGGGCAAAUGGCGUUAAUACAUCUGGUUGUUUGGUCAGGUCAAAGGCUAAUACUUUUCCAAAUUCCAAGAACACUGCGACUUUUCAGCUGCAAGAGCCAUUUGAUGAAGUAAGGAGACCUGAUGGACAGUCUAAUGGUCAUAGGUCUUACUACCCUCAUGAGGAAAGUUCUGUGUGGGAGAAAUUUCCGGGCAGUUUUGAGAACACCAAACACAGGGAUUCUCGUGAAGAUGCCCAUAAGAAUUUUACUGGUUCUACACAUGGUGUAUCUUCUGGUCUUGCUAAUGAGCAUAUGCUCAAGGAAGCGAAGGAAAGUGGUCAAUUUUUAUCUCGAUCAAUUUUGAGCUCUACUUCCACCACUGGAAAACAAAAUCGCAGGAACAAACUGAUUUCCAAUAGUGCCAGUGUUAUUGCUGGAAACGCAUCCACUUUAUGUCCUAAUGGUGACCCAGUGAAGUCUUUUGGUGGUGAUUUCAAUGAGAAUGGAACUAGCAACCCAAGAAGCUAUCACUUUGUGGACAGGGAUUCUACUCCUUCAAGCAUCGAACUGAGGCUUGGACAGCCAUCUCAGCAGAAUCACUGCUUCACGAUGUCAGCUACUCUUUCCCCUCAGCAGUCCUUGGGAGAGCCUGGACCACAGACUCAGCCAAUUCAUUCAAUAACCCAGGGAUGUAAGUUGAAUAUCACACUUUUUUUGUCUCAUCUCGUCUGUCUCUUUUAUUCUUGCAAAUCGAUAACCCGUGUUCAUUACAGAUUUAAAGUCCAGGGUACUGCAGAAAUCUAUUCAAAAAGUGUCUUGCAUGCCACCAGAAUUUUCAACUUCAAGUGGAGCUAUAUUGCAUCAUACACGUGGCUAUGCAGAUACUGCACAUGUUCCUGAACAAGAAAUAGUUAAGUCUGGUGUGGAUUGUAAUCCAGUAAUCCCAUUUCUUCUUUCCCAUUUCAGUACUUCUGAAGAAAAACUGAAGUCUCAAACUAUGGAUAAUAUUAAUUGCAAAAGCGAGAACUUUAGGCCAAACCCAGUUGAUUUCAAUCCACUCUCUGCGAAAUGCAGCAUCAUCAACUUUUCAAGAAAUGUAAGCAGUGAGCCUGAGAUAAAAUCAAACAUGAAGAUUCCCGAAAUUUCAAAUCAAAUGGAAAGAGGGAAGGAGCUGAGAGUCUCACCCGAGGAUAGGUUCUACAUUACGAAGCCUUGGACCACAGCUCAGAGCAAACUGAUGAAAGAUCAUAGAGUGUCUGAUGAGUCCAGUGAUGUGACUUCUUAUGACAGUGCUUCUUUGUAUGAUAGGCAAAAUAACGGUUACUUCUGUCGGUCAGUUACCAGAGUACCAGGGGACCCUGAGCCUGGGCACCCCAGUGAACUUGGACAAGCUUCUUUUGGUGCAAACACAGAUGAUAACCAGGAUGAUAUUGUUCUUUGGUACAAGAGUGCAAGAGCUGCUUCUCUUUCCACAUCUCCGAAAAGAAGUUUGUUUUCUUCAAACACAGCGUAUGCAUCUACUCCAUUGUCAUCUUUAUCAAACAAAAUUAACAUUGAUACAGUCCAGCACUCAUCAGGCGAUAAGACAAGACUUUCUAUGAUGAAACAUGCAGUGGACUUGCCAAAGCAGGCAAGUUUACCUGCUUCGCGUGAAAUGAACUCUCAACAAGUACUGCUCUGUCCUUCAACCAUGGGAAUAAUGAGAAAUACCGCUAAAGGAGAGCUGGCAGCGUCAGAAGAUUUUAGGCACGGACCAAAUUUAGGCACUAAGCAGGGAACAUCGAGGGUUGCUUUUAGAUCUCUCCAUUCUUGCUGUAAGUGCAGCUCUCGUGAUGUUGCUGAAAGUCUAUGUGGCCGAACUGGUAUUGCAGGUAAGCUUCGUGGACAUUCAGAAAUUGUUCUUGCAAAUCGUCCUGUUUGGGGUGGGGGGGUUAGGCGCAAUGGUGGGAGGGAGAGGGGGAACAUCCACUAUUGGAUCUGUCCAUGAUCCCCCUAAUUUGGAAAAGAAAAUAUAAGGUGAUUGUCAUGUGCAGGAAAUAACAGAAUCUGCCACCAGACAGGCUGCAUACAAGAUGUCUCACUAUAUUCCAGUGAAACACAUGUCAAAUCUCCAAUUUGUCAUGUUUACAACAAUGAAGAGCAGUCAAUUUCGAGGUAACUUUCUUGAAAUUUUCGGGCUAUGCUUAUUGUUCUUAUUUUAAUGUGUCAGAUACAAUGGCUUUAUGCUUUCUUGAACAAAUUAGGUUCUUCCUUGUGCAUACUUAGCCUUCAUUUGUGAAUGAGAGGUGAAAGUUAUGAAUAUUGUGUAUGAAAAAAUUAAUGUUGUUCUGGAUCCGGUAUUAGCAUAGUUUGUAAGUUCUAUCACAUCCAGUGUAGUUGAUAUUAUAAAAGUUUUUUUAUAAUAUCAACUACAUCAAGAUUAAAGGCCUGACAUCAAGAUUACUAGAUGAAUUGCCCAACAAGUCAAUAGAUGCAUGCUGAAUGUAUCUGAUGAAUUGCCCAACAAAGGCUCAUCAGACUUUGAAUCAUGAAGACUCGUCAGAACCUAUCGUCAUGCCUUUUGUUACACUUCUCAUGGUGAAAUAGUAUCUCAUGACAUGAAUUUUCUAGCUUGGCUGUGUAACCUGAAGUCUCAGGACACGCAUUUUCUUAGCUGGCUGUGUAACUUUUGAUUUUUUACUUAUUCCAGACUUUACAAAACUGACAUCAAGAUUACUGACUGGGCUGAAGAUAGAACGCCUAGCCAGAAAGAGGGUAGCAGUAUCCGUUCCAAAUGUUUGAAAGGACGUCACGUUUUUAAGCGAGGGAGUCUUUCAAAUUCCUUUAAGGAAUUUAAUGUUUGCGGUAAAGGUCAUAGACUUCUUACUCCAGCAUAUGAUAUUAACCAUCUGACUCAAGAUGGCAAGAGGAUUGCAUUAGAUCAAUGUGAUGGUUCAAGGCCUGUGGUGAACGAUGAUUGUCAAUCUCCACAUGGUACAGACGUUCGUUGUAAUGGAAUUGUAGAUUCAGACGUAAUUACCACCACUCCGCACCCUGCAAAAGUCUUUCCUACUGCUGGAAGUAUCAACAACCAACAUACAUGCUCUGUGGAUAAAGAUUUUGAUUUAAAUGGUUGCGAAGCUGUCUCAUCAAAGGAACAAAAAUUGUCCAAUGGCUACUCUCGAUGCUCUGCUCAUGUGGUGACUGAUGUAUCCGUUGAAGAUAAUAAUCUGGAUUCAUCCACCAGUGGCACUGGAGAUGCUAGAUCACAGCUUGGACUUGUGUUUGAUGAAGGGUCUGUAGUUGAGAAGUGUGGUUCAUCUGAUGAUGUACUUGAAAAUACCAAGUGGAAUUUCUCUGUAAUGGUGAAAAGUAAUGUGGAACACCUGAGAGGUUCCAAGUAUGGAUCCUACAAUUCAGUAAGAAACCCAACUUAUGUAAAUGCUCACCAUUUGACUGACUUUAGGGAUAAAGUUGAUAUCAGGGAAAAACCUAUGCCAAGGAAAAAAAGAAAUCAGAGCCAUUCUGAAUGUACCAGGGUGAAUAGUAGAUGGGCUAUGAAAGAAAGUAAUAAACACGCAGAACCUGACAGGAAGAACUGUAAAGCAGAUAGGAAGAAGAAGGCCACCAAAUGGAAGAGACUUGAUGAUUCCUUUCCAGCUUCAGGUCCAGUUAAUCAAGUUUCCGCCAGCUCUGACAUCUAUUUGGAACUGAAAAGUCCUUCUGAAGGGAAGGAAUUACCUGCUCAUCUUCGAAAUGUGAGUCCAAGAAUUCGCAGUAAGUCUAACAAGACUUCAGGUUUCAAGCACAAUAGCAGUGCCUUACCUGCUGAUUUUUCUACGAAAGCAUUUGAUAGAAAGCAUAUCACAUGCAUUGGUGUUCAAAUGGAACCAGAGGGCAGUGGUUCUUCAAAUGGAACAUCAAAAAGUUCUGCUGGAAGAAAGCGAAAGAGAAACUUUGCUCCAGAUGAUAAAGAAGAAAUAAAUGCACAAGAUAGCAGCCCCGAGCAAACUGCACUUCCCAAGUAUAAGCCCUUCGGUAGAAAGGCUUGCUCAAUUGAUGGAAUGUGCCGUCAAGACAGGUUGCUGAGACCUGUGGUACGUGGUAACUCUGGUAUCAUUUGUAAUGGAAAUAUGCCUGGUAAAUCAAAGCCGGUGAAAAUUGUGUCUCUCACUUCGGUACUAAAGAUCGCCAAAAGAUGUACCAUCAAUCAAAAUGCAAAGGAGAAUGCAUCCAGCAUUGGGGUGGAGAACGCAGAAUGCUUCAGUUUGAAAGUAGAGUCUCACGAACUCUCAGUAGCGGGAAGGGGAAGAGAUACUGGAGACGUUGAAAUUUUCGGAUCGAAAUUUAAUGUUAAGGUAAAGCCAAGGAGCAAGGAGACCCGCAAACGGAAACUUAGUGAGAUAACAGGAUAUUCCAAUGAUGAAGGGUAUACAUCAUGUUUACCAAUUUUGGGUGACACGCGUUUUUCUAAUUCGAAACAAGCAAGAUGUCAUACGAAAGUGUCCCUAUUAAGGAGAGCAAGUGACGACUGGGUCGGUAAGUCAUCUCAUGAUUUGUCCUUUGAGCUACAUGGCUUUGAAUUUUCUGUCAUUAUCUGAGAUAUUUCCGUUCGUUAUAAUUUUUUGUGUUGGUUACUUUUAAUCAUUCAUGUGGGGGAUGACCUCAUUACCUCCUUGCUAACUACUGAAGUUUUAUUUAUAUGUAGGUCAAUGCCACCAACGGAAAAAAAAGAAGAGACCCAUUUCUGGAUGUUCACAUCUGGAUGGUCCCAGUGCGGGGAUAAAUUAUCAGGAUAGACAAGAUCCGAUAGAUUUCUGUCCAGCUAAUUCUAGGAAGUAAGCAAUCGUAUUGGUGUAAUUUUUUAAGCAUGCCUAGGCUUGGACUUCGUAAAUGGAUACCUUAAACACAUCCAGAGAAUUGUGAUUGUUCGUUAGUAGCCCAAUUUUUUUACCUUAUGGUCAUGUUCUGACAUGAGUUACUUUAUGGUUCAGACUUGCUGACAAGCGGCACAGAUGCCAGCAAUCUCUUAAUGAUUUAGAUGCAUUCUGCUGCGUCUGUGGAAGUUCCAAAAAAGAUGAUGCCAACUCUCUGUUGGAGUGCAGCAAUUGCUUGAUCAUAGUAUGUGGAGCACAUAACUCUCCGUUUAGAACUAUUUAUCGUCUCCAACAGCGGUUCCUGGACUGAUUUUUGUUUUUGUUUCACUUCAGGUUCACCAGGCAUGUUAUGGUAUUAAAACGGUUCCUAAGGGGCGUUGGUCUUGCAGACCAUGCAGGAGGAACUCGACAAACAUUGUUAGUCAGUUAGUAUAUGUGAACAGUACUUAUUUCCUACUGUCUUACUAUUGUUCUGGUUCAAGUCGUUUCAAUCUUUGUAACCGAGAUCAACUUACUCGUGUUUAGUUCCCUUUUAUUUCAAGUGGUGUUAUGGUUUUGACGUUUUUACAAAAUAAUGAUGUUUUCUAAUCGUACAGGCAUGUGUGCUCUGUGGUUACGAAGGUGGGGCCAUGACUCGUGCAGUUAGGAACCGAAGUAUUGUCAAAAGCCUAUUGAAAACGUGGAAAGACGAAACGGGAUACAAACCUUUGAAACCAGCUCGAUUGCUUGCUGAUAGCGAUGUGCCAUCAAAACCCUUUUCUGAGGUAUAGUUUUAUGAAUUUAACAUGUGUGUUAGUUAGCUCGCCGUGUUGAGAAAUUGUUCCUGAUUAUUUGAAGGUGGAAUAGGGAGACCAUGACAUUGUUAUAAAAAAAAUUCCUAAAACUUUCCAGGUGCACAACAGCGUAACUGCUGGAGCACGUGACCCAACUAUUACACAGUGGGUUCACGUGGUUUGUGGGCUUUGGACACCUGGUACACGGUGUCCUAACGUUGCCACGAUGAGUGCUUUUGAUGUGUCGGGCGUAUUAGUGUCAACAAGGAGAAUGGUGAGUUAUUUGUAAUUCUAUUGGCUGUCAAAUGUAUGGUUUAAAGUUAACUUAUGAAAUAACCAAAUGAGAUCACCCUGUAAUCUGAAUAAAUUAUCGAUUCUUCUUCAUAUAAACUAAUCUCACUGUGAAUGCACAAUGUCCAUUGGUUUCUAGUGGAAUCAUAUUAUCGAUUCUUUUCCUUUAUGUUGUUGCCAAGUUUGUUUCCUUCACCACGUAGAAAAUAAAAGAAAAUCAUUACUACUUUCACAGUAACUGAUUCGGGGAAACGUGUGAUCAUAUUUGACAGGUAUGCUCGAUCUGUAACCGACCUGGUGGUUCAUCUAUUAAGUGCAGAGUAAUGGAUUGCUCUGUUUACUUCCAUCCGUGGUGUGCUCAUCAGAAGGUUAUUCUCUAUCAUGUUUUCGUGGAUUUAUUUUUAUGACACUCAUCUCAUCGUAGCUAAUUGAUACACACAAGAACAAUCAUCCUUCAUAUUCUAGAUUUUUUUAUAUAUAUUAAAAUUGAAAUUUAGAAAUUGGUUCACUAGAUUCUCCAAUGAUAAAAACUCGAACGAGGUAUAUUUACAGGUGUCUAUUUGUUGUAUCAUGAUCCGCUACAGAGGGAAGUUUGGGAGGGUGGUGAUGACAUCCUUACGAGGUUGACAUACGAUAUUGUUGGAUCAAGGCAGUAUUGCUGUGUUAAUGAUAUCUUUCAAUCCUCGUACGUAAUGCUGAAAUUGUAUGUUCUUUCUCUUCUACCAUCUGGCCCGCAAUACGAUUCUCGGAAGAACUUUCCACUAAUCAAGUUUUACAGGGAAUGAGCACAUAAUAUGGCACUUCCUCAGCAAGUCAGGAGUAAUCUCUAAAAAACGAGAAUCUGAACUGAGUCAAAUAUGAUCUUGCUUAGCAUAAAUCAAUCUUCUGUCUUAGAAAUACUUGUUAUUGAUGUCACACUCAGAAGUCUGAAUUAUAUCUCUUUAAGGAAGUCGUGCGUUGCUUAAUUUUCAUUUUUUUAUGGAUGCUCUUAUGAAUGGAAUAUAAUGCCACUCCCAACCCAUUCUCAUGUCUUCAGUUAUCUUCCAGAUAUUUUGUCAUCUGAAUUCAGAGGCAAUUCUACACAUUUUCAAUAAACCCCAUCAAAUUCGCUUCCGCUUAUGUACUUAGAAUGUGUAAUCAUAUGGGUAUACCUAUCCCUUGUAUCCUCAUGAUUAGUUAUGUGAACAGUCGUUGCAUAGUUCGUGUUACUUAAAUUGCGUUUUUUUUCUCAUAUUAAUUUUCAGGUAAGACUUACUUUUUUCACAAUUGUUUGCCAAUAUAAACUUUCCUGUGGAUCUCUCAUGAAACUCUAGCAGUAAAUAAGUAAGCUUAUACUGCAGUUUACAAGGUGAGGACGCCCUGUGACCCGAGAAAUCUCUGUUCUAAUUACUUCAUGGCAGUAAGGAAAUAAAAUCCACGGGUUUACUAGCUAAAUGGCAAUUGGCACAAACAAUUCGUCCAGUUGCUUCUCGUGGAUUUUCAUAAGCCUGCUGCGCAAAAAUGGUUAUAUUAGAUUGUCAUGUGUUUUCGAUACCAUUUUGCGACCAAAAUGGUUGUUAGAUGCGGUGAAAUAACAACAUUAGAGUUGCCUAUAACUCAUCAUUUCCUUACUAUUGAAGUUUCUCAUUUUCUAGGGUUUGCUACAAAGCGAAACUGAAGGUAUAGAUAAUGAGAGUGUUGGGUUUUAUGGAAGAUGUCUUCUUCAUGCCAUGCAUUACAACUAUCAUCCUGAUGGUAUUCCCAUGGAUGCUGGAAUGGAGAGCCCAAGUGUCAAGGAGUUUUCUUGUGCACGCACGGAGGUAACUUUGCGAUAUAUGAACUGAAUUACUACUCUCCCUUUCAUGUUUCGAUUUCAAUGGUGUGAUACGAUCCCCACUCCCCCUUUGUUGAAUUACUAUAGAGUUACAAAGGUCGAGAAAGGGAGCACAGAUUUAUUGGCGCUCUUCGGAAGCCUCCAAAUGACAGUGGUAGAUGCAAUGUUCCUCAAGAGCAACUAAACGCAUGGCUCCACAUUAACGGGCAAAAGUCUUGCCAAAGAAACCCACAAAAACCAGUGUCUACAGAGACUGAGUAUGAUUGCCGGGUACAUUUUGAAAAUUUAAAUUUCUAUCAAGCAUCAGAUUGGUUUUGAUACUUCUAUAAUCGUAUAAUGACUGCUAGCACUGCUUGUAGGAUAUAAUCACCUCCUGGCAUCAAUGGUUAUCGCGCCAUCUUAAAUACAUUUAUUAAUCUACAUGUAAAAGAGCAACAGCUUGUAAGAAAACUGUGUAAUUCUUAAAAUAAAAUAAAAAUAUAUUAAUAAUAAAAAGCAUUCUCCUAUUUUAGUGUAUGAUAUGUACAGGAAGAAUAAGGAAACGCCGAGACAUGUGUGGCAUUAUAAAUCAUUUUUUCUAGUGACCGCCAUUUUUUGGUGUGACGAAUCUUUCUUGGGCAGUAACUGUAUUCAUCCUGAUUGAUCUUUCUAUUUUUUUCAUUUACUUCCAAUUACUUAUGCAUGUGUGUUUGAACAGGUUUUUUGAAUAUAUAUACUGAUCAGAAUAUUCAACCGAACCAAUAUUCUUUCAUUAUGGGAUACCACGAAUAAUGAAUAAUUAUAUCAUCGUAAAAUUCUGGACGUCAUCAGGGAAUCAUGGAUAAUGGGUUUAGUUCGCUUUCUUAAUGGACUCGUGAAAGAGUCAAUUUUUUCAGGACUUGGAUUUUCUUCAAUCUUUUUUAUCCUUUCCAUUUUGCAGCAAUUCCCAGCUAUGACAAUAAUCAUAUUGACAUUGAACCUGGAAGUGGACUUUUGGGAGAUUUUUGAUGGCAUGUUUUGUUGAGUUGGUGGCAAACUGUGCCUGCUAUGCUGCGUUUUUUCCCUUCGAAGAUAAAUUUUGGUUGAAUUUGACGAAAUAUACCCCCAUUUUGCCCCGAAUUUGAUCUGCACUCCUACUUUCGCAUGUGGGUUCUCACUGCCUAAACCCCGGAUCUGACACAUUCAACAGAUUAAGAAACAAUUGAGGUAUUUCGUGAGAAUAUCUACUUGCUCAGGGUUGAUUGUCAUAACUCGUAUCGUCACAACCUCGCAACCAUUGAAGUGUUCUGCGAUAGCUUGCGGUUGAUUAGGAUUUCUUCUUCUUUUUAAUAACUCAUUCUAACCUACGUUCAUUAGUUUGUUGUUGUCGACUGGUAAAUCAGGACUUAUUUUGAUAGAUGCUACCCACCAGAAUUUAAUCGGCUCGUGUUCAUAAUAAUCAGCCGGGCUGCUAAAGAACCUGGUCAUCUACUUUCUCUCCAUCGCUCAUCCAAUUCAGAGAGUUUUGUCUCGUCGAUCUCUGCCGGCACCAAGCAUCUGCCUAUUUAUUCAUAUUAUUUGUCAUUUUUUGGUCCAUUUCCUUCGAUUUAUUUCAUAAUGUAGCAGUAUAUAUAUGAUCAAAACCUUCCAUUUUGUUACAAAGAUCGAUGAUUUCAUUGAAACAUAAUCUGUGCUCACCAACACCUUUCCCUUCUCAGAAAGAGUAUGCCCGUUACAGAAAGGUGAAGGGCUGGAAGCAACUGGUCGUCUACAAGUCUCGCAUCCAUGCACUCGGCCUCUAUACCUCUCAGUUCAUUCCCCGUGGAGCAAUGGUGAUUCAGCGCAUCAUCACAUACAUAUCUACAUAUCAGAAAUCACUUUCAUUUUCUUGGUAUCAUCACCAUUUAAUGCUCAUCUACCAUGGAUCCUAAGGUUGUUGAGUAUGUUGGUGAAAUCGUGGGGCUUCGGGUCGCCGACAAGCGGGAGAUCGAGUACCAGUCGGGGAAGAAACUGCAGUACAAGAGCGCCUGCUAUUUCUUCAGGAUCGACAAAGAGAGCAUCAUUGAUGCCACCAGGAAAGGUGGGAUUGCGCGCUUCGUCAACCAUUCUUGCCUGGUAAGAGUCUCCGCCGCCUUUUGACCGCUACCCAGUUGAAAAAAAUGCCAAAAAAAUCGUUGACUAACUACCCUUUGACAUUUUCCCUCGAUCCUCUCAGCCGAACUGCGUUGCCAAAGUAAUCACCGUGAGAAAUGAGAAGAAGGUGAGGGGAAUGGUAGUUGACCAUUGCCAUGUGGGCGUUCCAAGGUCUUUCACGAGCUGCUUUAAUGGUAGUUGACCUUCCGCAGGUCGUCUUCUUUGCCGAGAGGGAUAUAAAGUCAGGGGAGGAGAUAACCUACGACUACCAUUUCAACCACGAGGAAGAAGGUAAGAAGAUCCCCUGCUUUUGCAGCUCAAAGAAUUGCAGGCGCUACCUCAACUAG